AAGACACAAGACUAACUAAGCUGGCACUAUGUUCUGUAUGUUGAUUAUAAUUUUGACCGCCGGCUUUUUACAAGAAGUUUAUGCUAGUAGGUGUACUGCAGAAGAACUAUCUAUGUGUUCUUGUGAAGGAACAAAAGUGUUUUGUGAAUUUGCUGGUUUUACAGAAAUACCUAUCAAUAUACCCAAAUCAACAACCAAAUUAUUCCUAAAAGGAAAUUCUAUUACUGCAAUAACAUCCGCCUCGUUAUCCAGAUUGACAUCGCUUAAUAAGUUAGAUUUAUCGAAUAAUGACAUUUCAAGUGUAGAAAGCGGUGCAUUUAACAGUCUUCAUUCGUUGAAAAGUGUUUCCUUAAAAAGAAACCCAUUGGUAUGCUGCAAGAUGACCAAUUUGAUUAGAUGGGCAUACACUAAAAAAUUGUGUAUGUUCCUUGGCACAUGCACUUAUUAUAACAUGAUCACCGACAUCCGCAAGUUUGACACAACACGCUGUUCUUAUCUAGAAGCAAUGCCUUGUAUAAUGAGUGCAUGGACUAACUGGCAAGCACCAGAUGCCACGGGAACUAUAUACAGAUAUAGAACUGUAGUCAGACCUCCCUUAAAUGGUGGCAAUAAAUGUGAAGAACUUUUCGAACUUAAGAAAGAACAAAUACCUUGUAUGCUGAGUGAAUGGACAAUUUGGAGUUCAGCAGAUGCAACUGGAACAGCUUCCAGAUACAGGACAGUCAUUAGACCUACUCUUAAUAAUGGCACAGAAUGUGGAGACCUUCUGGAAUCAAGGAAAGUACCACUGCCAUGUAUCAGGAGUGAUUGGUUUCCAUGGAGUCAAGACGCCACAGGAACGCGUAGUAGAUACAGACUUGUAACUAGACCUGCAAUUAAUGGGGGCAAGGGAUGUGAAGACCUUUUUCAAGGAUUGAGAGUACCACUACCAUGUACUACGAGUGAUUGGUUUCCAUGGAGUUCACCAGACACCACAGGAACAGUUGCCAGAUACAGAUAUGUACUAAGACCUGCUCUUAAUGGGGGCAAGGGAUGUGGAGACCUUUUGGAUCUAAGGAAAGAACCACUGCCAUGUAUCCUCAGUCCCUGGUCACCGUGGGGUACACCAGAUGCAAAUUCAGUAGGUUUCAGAUCCAGAACUGUGAUCAGACCUGCUCUUAAUAAUGGCACGGAAUGUAAUGGGAAUCUUCUGGAAAGUAAACAUUCUGGAAAGUAAACAAUUUACAUAAAAUAGCGCAAUGAAGGACUACACACAGAAUAUUGGCUAAUGAAAUCUACCAAGGAUCCUUGCAUCUAUGGAUUGCGGAAAGCUGUAUAGAGAAUUAUGUCAAAUUACCUUCACGUUGUUUCAUAAAUUGGCGGGAUUGUGCAUAACAAAUGUUUGUGUACAUUUAUAUUACAAGGGAUUUUUAUUAUUUUUGUGUGUCUCUCCUUAUUCUUAAUUAUGUAUUUUGUGUAUCUCACAUGUGUAACGGGUUGUGUACUAAUGUAUGUUAAUUUAUAGUGAUGUAAUGAGGGUUAAACCAUUGGUAACUGUU